AUGUUUUCUUGGUUUGCGUGCUAUCUUGUGGUUGUGUGGCUGGUUUCUGCCUCAGAUGCAGAGAGCUGUCCAGAACUUCCCCCAGUGGACAAUAGCAUAUUUGUUGCAAACAAGAUGGAAGGAAAAAUCCUGGGGACUUACUUGUGUAUCCAGGGCUACCACCUGGUAGGAGAGAAAACCCUUUUCUGCAACGCCUCUCUGGAGUGGAACGGCUCCCCUCCUGAGUGCCGCUUCGGCCACUGUCCCAACCCUGUGCUGGCGAAUGGUGAGUUCAGUUCCUUGGAGCCUGUGAGUGUGAAUGACAACAUCACAUUUAAGUGCAAUGAGCACUACAUCCUCAAGGGCAGCAGUUGGAGCCAGUGCCUGGAGGACCACACCUGGGUGCCACCCUUUCCCGUCUGCAAAAGCAGACACUGUGGCCCUCCUGGGAAUCCAGCUCAUGGCUAUUUUGAAGGAGGAGAUUUCAGCUCAGGAUCUACCAUUACUUACUACUGUGAAGAGAAGUACCACUUAGUGGGCACGCAGCACCAACAGUGCAUUGAUGGGGAGUGGAGCAGUGCAAUUCCAGUCUGUGAGCUGAUCCAAGAAGCUCCCACACCAGCUCCACAGACUGAGUGUGAGAAGGCGCUUUUUGACUUUCAGGAGAGUGAGGAAGUUUGCAAAGCUGUAAAGAAAUUUAUGCAAAGAUUACAGGAAAAUGGCUUAACAAUGGAGGAACUAAAAUAUUCUCUGGAAAUGAAGAAAGCUGAGUUGGCGGCAAAAAUGUUACCCUGACAUUGUAACUAAGCAGACUAGGUAAU